UGCCUCUUUUGCGGGGCCCGGCUGCUGCACGCUGCCUGGGGAGGAGGCCGAGGCCGGGGCCUGGUUCCCAUAGGGGACUCGGGGCGGGCUUGGGGGCAGCCGAGACUCGAUGGGGCCCCGCCGGAGUUGGGGCUGCCUCCGCCCCGCGCCGGAUCUCCUGCCCCGGGUGUGGCCCUGCAGGCAGGCAUGAGGGAUGGCCUCAGCCUCAGUCCUCGGGGUCUCAGUUUACCCCUUCAAGAAAUCUGUGAUGAAGGGCGGCAAAAAAAAGAAGCAAGUCCUCAAAUUUACCCUGGAUUGUACCCAUCCUGUGGAAGAUGGGAUUAUGGAUGCAGCUAAUUUUGAGCAGUUUUUACAAGAAAGAAUCAAAGUGAAUGGAAAGGCUGGCAACCUUGGUGGUGGUGUUGUAACAAUUGAGAGAAGCAAGAGUAAGAUAACCGUCACGUCAGAGGUGCCAUUUUCUAAAAGGUAUUUGAAGUACCUGACAAAGAAAUACUUAAAGAAGAACAAUCUUCGGGAUUGGCUCCGGGUGGUGGCCAAUAGCAAGGAGAGUUAUGAAUUACGGUACUUCCAGAUCAACCAGGAUGAAGAGGAGGAAGAGGAGGAGGAUUAAACCCUCUUGGGUCUGGAAACGUUUUGUACAUGAUCUUGAAUAAAACUUGAACCAAA